AUGUGUCAAAAUAGACUCUCUACUUCAACACAAAAACAACUAUUACGACAACAACGUCAACAAAUCCAACAACUGAAUCAACAACAACAACAUGCUGCAGCUAUACAAAAGAUACAAGAACAAUUAGCUGCAGCUCAACCACCACCGCCAGCACCAACUCGUCGACGUGCUCGUUUAUUCUAUCGGAGGACGAAGAUGAAGACUAAAAAUUUUGCUGGAGCUAAUUCAGAAGCUUUACAAGAACAAAUUAAUAGUUUUACUUGA